UCUAAAUCUUACCUCGAAUAGAGACUGUUGCCGUCCCGGUUCGUGCCAAAACAAAUUAAAAUGUAACAUAUUUCCAUGUUUUCCAUAGAAGUGACCGCGAAAAAGUCCAUUAUUUCAUGAAGGUUGGCAAUUCUGUUGGUUACUGAAGUGGCAGGUGAUCUCCAGAACGGACUAAGUCCAACAUGAUGGAAGAAACGGUCCUAACGGAUGACUCCAUGGACGAUCAAUACGAUCGACCCAAGACUCGAUGGGGACCGGUCGGAGCGGUUGCCAGCCCACCUGCUUCAGUGGGAGAAGAGAGCCAUGGAACAAUGGUUCAGCAGUUGCAGCAUCUUGAGGAGGAACAAGACCAGUUGAACUCUUCCCUCCUAGCUCUUACCACACACUUUGCCCAAGUCCAGUUCAGACUCAAGCAGAUUGUUAACGCCCCUAUUGAUGACAAAGAGAAUUUGCUGAAAGAUCUUGAAGAGUUUGCCUUCAAGGGUUGCCCAGAUGUCAGAGGUUGCCGGUCCCAAGACGCCCAACUCUUGGAAGAUGCCAGUGAGAAGGAGCAUGAGAGCCGAAUUUCUGAGCAGAGAGAGAAGCAAAUGGAGCUCAUCAGUCAAUUGAAGAACCAGCUGGACGACCUGGAACAAUUUGCCUAUGAGGAUGGUAGUGGUGAGCUGCCCCAAAACAAGUUAAUGGAGAAGCAGGGCGUGAUCAUAGAGGAGCUGAAGCACAAAUUGGAGUUAAACAUAGAGGACUUGGACAAGUUGAGCCCAGAUGACCUGAGGCAAUUAGUGGACAGUGCAAUAGGAAGGAUUGUGAAUCCUGCUAAGGUGAAGGAAACUGUGAUCCAUCAGCUGAAGAAUCAGAUUGGUGACCUUGAACGUUUCAUUACAUUCCUGCAAGGGGAGGUCACAUCACCUGGACCCUUCUCUGCUGAAGAGUGUACAUGCCCAUUACACAGCAAGGAGGAUGGUAACUCAGAUGUUGAUGGAGACACACAGGGCUGUUGUGCUCAUCCAAACUCUGCAAAGAUUGGAAGUAAAUUCUCAACAGCAGAGAAAAUUAAGAACAUGCGUGAGUCGCACAUAUCAUCCAUGAAGAAAGCUCUAGCCUUGCUGCAGUACAUCGCCAUCACACAGCUUGGAUGCGGAACGGACAAACUUAAAGAGAGGAGGGCUCCCAAAGCAGAUGCAACCACAGAUUAUUGUGAUAUGCUGAAAGUGCUGGAUGCAGCUGUUAAUCAUGUGAUUCUGUUGGCACGGCAACAGCAAGAUCAGCCUCCAGACGACAGUGACUACACCAGUGACUCCUCAGAUAGCCCAGUCAACAGGCCUCUAGAUGACGUCACAGUGGCCGUCAGGAGGGAACUUGCUCCAGCACUCAGGAGUCUCCUCGAACAUGGCAUGGUUAAACACAGUGUCACCAGCGGUGCUUUGAUGACACCCAUUACAGCAUGCUUAGCUACCCAUCGAAGUGCUUCCAGUCAAAAGGGCCAUGCUUGGGACAUCUUCGUCAAGUAUUAUGACAUCAAGAAAGGAAAAGCCUUCGCUGCUUCCCCAGCCAGAAAAUUAUCUCAAGCCUUUGACAUUGACAUCGUUGGAGGGACGGCCAUCACAGCCAAGCAGACCCUACUGGCAGCCAUUGAUUACGUCUGUGGGUCACAUGAUCCAUUAAAGAGAAGUCGCGAAGCCCAGUUUAAGGCUUUCGUCUCGGAAGCACUAAAUGGGCAGAAGCUUGCUAUUUGGUGUCGUCUUCUGAGCCGGACAACAUCUCUGGUUGAUUACUACUACUUCCCAUGGAGCUACAUGAUGAAAACCGGUUUUGACGGUGCAAUGCAGAUUCUGGACAAGUUGAGCGAAGUCAAAUUCAAAUUGAAUGUAGACAUAGCUGUUCAGCAGUUCACUAACAUCAAAGACGCCUUCUGAUUGGUCAGUGUUUAUUUUAAAAGAGUGUAAUUGUAAACGGUAUUCUUGAUUGGUCUAGAGAUUCAGCAAACCAUGUGGGGGGUUGGGGUGGCUAUUAUUGACACAUGUUUCACUCAGCUGCUCUUUUCAGAGUCAAUGCUCCUCCCAAAAGAGAUUUUAAACAUUGUUUCUUAUUCAUUGCAGGAAAGCUCAGUUGAAGAAUUUCACAGUUUCGCCACAAAAACUAAACAUAAUUUUUUACUGUUGGGUGUGCUUACAGGGUGAGUCAUAAAAUACACACAAAGCAAGCGACGGGCUGAUAUGUAAAAAGAGAUCUGAAGUGCCCAUUUAAAAAAUCGUACACAGUGAUUAAAUUGUUAGGCUCCUGUAAUAUGUAAGCAUUCAUUUUUUUUAAGGGCUGUAACAGGGAUGUUGUGUUCUUGCAAACGUCUCGUUAAUAACCAUUCACCUAUAACAAAGCUAACGCAGGAAAUUUGCGUGAAUCCUAGAUGUUAAGAACGGUUACAGAAUACGUAGAAUUCAGCAGUAAAGCAGAGCCAUGGAAAUCGGUUCUGAUAUUUAUGAUUUAAAUUACCUUGAUUCACAAUGAAGUUGUAUUCAGAAAUCUGUAUAUUUUGACUAUUUAUUGCUGCAAAUUCUUGCAAUGUUUAUUUAGGUAUAGUGCUUUAACUGCCUGAUAUUGUUGUUGUUUUUAUUGUUGUUGAGGUCAUAACCCUUGCAUUUACAGUGAGGGAUUUGGCGUAAAAAUUUUAGGGAAUGGAGCUGUAAUAUUUGCUUCAUUUUCAUAGACACUUUUAAAUUGUUUGUUUUUGUGUUGGUGCAAUUCAAAAUCUACAAAUGGUUUUUAAAGUGAUGUGUCAAUUUGGCUCAGCCUCUUUGUCGUAUUUGUGGUGGCCCAACUAUUGGAUGGGUCUGGAGCUACAUGUACUUUAGAUUGGCUGAUGCUAACUACAGUCGCGUAAUUGUACAGUUUGACAGAUUGUACAGUUGAGCAGAUGGCUCAGUUGGGCUGUAUGUACAGUUGGGCUGUAUGUACUGUAAGGCUGAAUGUACAUGUUUACAUAUAAUGUACAGUUAGGCUGAUUGUACAUGUACAGUUGGACCGAUUGUACAGUUGGACAGGUUGGACAGUUUGGCCGGUAUACAGUUGGGCCGAUUUUACAGUUGGGCCAUAUGCACUGUUGGGCUGAAUAUACAUGUACAGUUAGGCUGAUUGUACAUGUACAGUUGGACUGAUUGUACAGUUGGACAGGUGGACAGUUUGGCCGGUAUACAGUUUGGCCGAUUUUACAGUUGGGCCAAUAUGUACUGUUGGGCUGAAUAUACAUGUACAGUUGACCGAUUGUACAUGUACAGUUGGACUGAUUGUACAGUUGGACAGGUGGACAGUUUGGCCGGUAUACAGUUUGGCCGAUUUUACAGUUUGGCCGAUUGUGAAAGUGGGGCAAUUGUACAGACGGGCUGAUUUUACAGUUUGGGUGGGAACAUUAUGUUUGUACAAUACAAUUUAUUGACCCUUUAGAUCAGAAUGUCAAAGCAUGUUGCUGAAACAUCCCUUCUUAAAAAAAAGUGAGAACAAAAGAAGCUUGUUCAGCUAAAGAUGUAACAAAUUCCAACUGAUGUAGUUUUUUUUGCAGCAGAACUUGCAUUGUGCUGAAACGACUUAAAGGUACACAGCGUCCAUUUUUCUUUACUUUUUUAGUUUAAUUUAAAAGUAGAUUUUAGAGGUAGAAAAACGACAAGUUGUUGAUUUUCUAGCUACAUGUAUUUCACAAGUUGAGAAACAGAAUCUGUGUCGAAAGGUUGUGGUUAAUGCGCUUUAAGAAGCAAUUCGGAACAAGCCAAUUGUAAAUUGUUAGCUUGGCACAUUAAAGUGUAACAAAUUAAAUAAUUCUGUGCACCAAAAGAGACUGCAGUUUAAAAAACAAUAACAAAUUGCGUUCGGUAUUCGUUGGCGUAACAAAUUACAUAUUUAUUUGAUAAAACCUGCACAAAAUUAGCAAACAUAAAGUAAAUAAGAGAACAACACUGAAGGUUAUGCUAGUUGUUUUUCCGUACUAGCUGUUACACAGGAAUGAAAUAAUUAUUGUAAAAAUUAAUUGAUAAAGAAGAUUAAUAUACUUUCAACAUAUCAUCUAAAUUAUUUAUGUUCUUUGCAUUCCUCGAGCUUGAACUUUGCUUCUUUAAGAUUGCAUCAAACAGUACUUUUCUUGGUCUUUCUUCAGUUCUUAAUUCUUGCAGCUUGAAAUGAAUUUAAAAUUGACCUACAUGUGUAGGCUGCCUUUUGCAGGCUGACUGAAUGUACAUUUUAAACACAGUCUUUAUUUAAUUUUCCAAGUCCACUUUGAAAUGCUAGCAGUACUUUUAAAUUCCAAGUUUUUUGUCCCGCCAUACAUUCUUUUAAAUUGAUUAUCUUCAACAACAAAAUGUUGACAGUUAAUGCUAUACAGAUGUGAUUUGUGUUGUCACAAAAAGAACUUUCUAAAUCCACCGUUUUAAACAUGUUUCUUGGUGAUGGUUUUGUUUUUCAUCUACGAUUUGUUUAAACUUUUUUUAACAGAAAUAAUUUGAAGAGAUUUGUUUUUCCAUCCAAAUGAACUAAAAACAUAUUGACAAUUGUUUUUUUUUUUUUUUUUUUUUUUUUUUUUGCAGUUCUUUGAAUUCAAAGAGUACUAUCUGUGCUUGAUAACACUAACAGCGAGUGAAACAUGUCGUUAUUCACAUGUUAAUCAUUUGUUCUGUGUCGAUGACGUACUUGGUUCAUUCAAAAUACUAUACAUACCUUGAUGUUAAUGUGGAAAACGUUAGCUAUGUUAUUUAAUUGUAUAUAAAACAUGGAAAAAGGUAAAUUUAUGACCAAAAUAAAUGGUCUUGAUACCAAAAAUGAAUUUUAUUUAUUAAGUAAUUACUUUGAAUCUAUUUAAUUAAAACCGGUAUUCAAUUGCGCGUAUUUGUAAAUAACUUGACAUUUUUAAGGUGUUGUUUUCUGUCUUAUACAAAUAAUGCAAGUCGACCUUGCUGAUCAGGUCAUCUCAAGGUCAAACAUUGACCUCACUGAGGUCAAAGGAAGAUCUAUUGUUGGUUAGGUUGGGGCGUGAAGAAGACACUCUCUUCAAUUGUUUGACCUCAAUGAAUUGUCUGUGGUCGGCUUGAAACGUGAAUGAAAAAGGCACAGAAACACAUCAUACAAAAAUUGGGCACUCUGUCUUAACAAAACUGUCUUAUUAUUAACAGACCUUGAACUUUGAAGGGGCACUGCAAUUUAUUUUGUUUAUGGUUAAAGACAUUGGACACUAUUGAUCAUUGUCAAAGACCAG